AUGUGCCCCUACAACUUAGUCUACUGGCCGAUAUGCUGCGGGAGAACAUUGAAGUGCCGGCGGGACCAUUGCCAUUUCGCCCGCAACGACCCCCAAAAUGUAUGCCUCAAUCCAGAGCUUGACCCUGAGCUGGUCACCCGAGAUUUCCCAUGCAAUGAAUGUAUAUUCUACGCAAGCCUCCAACAGAUGGCACAAUGGGUGCCCGACCCAGUCAAGAGAGAAAAGUUGGUCAGAGAUGCCCCUUCGGCAUUAGAAAAAGAACGACGAGAUGCGUACUACGAGGCAAUUCGAAUACAGAAAAGGGCGGCGCGUACUGUUGUUUGUAAGCAGAAGAGAGAGGAGAGAAGAGAAAACGAGGCAGAUCGGGCCGCAGCAGCGGCCGCGCCCAGAACGCCGACGCAGGCGGAUUUCAUGAACGUUGAUGGAGCUAGCUCUUCCUCGCAAGGCGGAAAUGCGUUUGGCAAGUAG